UGCAGCAUGCGUUACUAUCAACUGACGGAAACCGAAGCCUCGCCGCUGGGAGGUGGGGGGCGAACACACCACUUUUUCUUCCAAGUUUGGAGGAGUAACCACCCUUAUGGUGUCCACCCUGUUUUGGAGAGAAGUGAAGGCAGAAAAGUUACUUGGCAGUUGUUGCAGGCAGAGUGUGUGCAUGUUGGAACGGGCAGGCUCAGAGCUUCCAAAGCAGCCACAGAAGUAAUCUUAAAUGUUCCUGAGACCAGGGUGAGUCCGUUGGAAAAUGGCUUGCAAGUAGCUUCUGAAGACUCUGGACUGUCAACAUGCACAGUUGGACUUUGGAUUGAUGCUGGAAGCAGGUAUGAAAAUGAGAAGAACAAUGGGACUGCUCACUUCCUUGAGCAUAUGGCUUUCAAGGGAACAAAAAAGAGGUCUCAGUUAGACCUUGAGCUAGAGAUUGAGAACAUGGGAGCUCAUCUGAAUGCGUAUACGUCCAGGGAACAAACUGUGUAUUAUGCCAAGGCUUUUUCAAAAGACUUACCAAGAGCUGUGGAAAUCCUUGCUGACAUAAUUCAGAACAGCACCCUGGGAGAAGCAGAGAUUGAGCGUGAGCGGGGAGUUAUCCUUCGGGAGAUGCAAGAGGUUGAAACCAAUUUGCAGGAAGUUGUCUUUGAUUACCUUCAUGCCACAGCCUAUCAGAAAACAGCCCUAGGACGGACAAUUUUAGGACCCACUGAAAACAUCAAAUCCAUAAAUCGUAAUGACUUGGUGGAGUACAUAACAACACAUUACAAAGGACCCAGAAUGGUCCUGGCUGCUGCUGGAGGGGUCUGUCAUGAUGAACUGCUUGACCUAGCGAAGUGCCAUUUUGGUAAUUUGCCAUCUGCUCCAGAAGGAGGACUGCCACCCCUGCCACCUUGUAGCUUCACAGGUAGUGAGAUUCGAAUCCGGGAUGACAAGAUGCCCCUGGCACACCUGGCCAUAGCUGUGGAAGCAGCUGGCUGGUCAGACCCGGAUACGAUCCCACUCAUGGUAGCCAAUACUCUGAUAGGUAACUGGGAUCGUUCCUUCGGAGGAGGCGUGAAUUUAUCCAGUAAACUUGCUCAGAUUGCCUGCCAUGGUAACCUGUGUCACAGUUUCCAGUCCUUCAACACCUGCUAUACUGACACAGGCCUGUGGGGACUCUAUAUGGUCUGUGAGCCAUCUACUAUUCAGGACAUGGUGCACUUUGUUCAGAGAGAAUGGAUGAGACUUUGCACAAGUGUUACAGAAAACGAAGUAGCUCGAGCGAAAAAUCUUCUAAAGACAAAUAUGCUGCUACAACUUGAUGGGUCUACGCCAAUCUGUGAAGACAUUGGAAGACAAAUGCUGUGUUAUAAGCGCCGAAUCCCAAUUCCCGAACUUGAGGCAAGAAUUGAUGCUAUUGAUGCCCAGACUAUUAGAGAUAUCUGCACAAAAUACAUCUAUGAUAAGCAUCCUGCAGUUGCUGCUGUUGGUCCAAUUGAACAACUUCCAGAGUAUAGCAAAAUCUGCAGUGGCAUGUAUUGGCGCCGUGAGUAGUGAAUAACGAGAACUUUCAGUAUAUUUGAGCUUUUUAAAAAAAAAAAAAAAACAAACCAGAAAACCAAUAAAAAACCCCACAACAACAAAAAAAAAAAACAACAAAAAAAACCAAACCCACCAAGCAACUACACCUGUUUAAAGCUUUUGAGUUGUAUUUGAGAAGAUUAAAUCUCAAGAACCAGCCACUCCUGUGUGUCUUUGUACUGAAGAAAGGAAUGGAAACACGUACAGUAUUUGCAUUUUUAUUACAAAACAAAGAUUGUCAGUAAGAGUCAUUUCUUGACUUUAGUAGCAUUCAUCACUUGUUCUUGAGCAGCUUUCUUUGCCUUGACCAUUUCAACGAGUUCCUGGAGAGUUGUGGGAAAAAAAACCACACCAAACAAUUUAAUUAAACAUUGAAUGUGUUAACAGUGCUACAGUUUUGAACCUACAUCUAUUCACUGUGAAACACUCUUGCUCUCAACAUAGUGAGAAAUCUACAUAGCUUAAUGAAGCAAUUUCUCUUAGGAACAAAUCAAUUGAUGGAAGGUCAAUGCUCAUCUACCUCCCCUGCAGCAGAAUAGGGAUAGGACUUUACAGGAGCUUGGUGUCAGACUGUAAGACAGAUUUCCUGAGACAGACUUUCCUUUCCAGAUCCCAGAGCCACUACUUUCACCAAGGAAUAUUUAGUCCUUAAAGCUCUCUAGGGGUUGAGUUACCAAAAAUAAAAAAAAGUUUCUCCAUAAGGUUCCAUCAGUUUGCUGCUGUCAGAUGCCAUCUCUGGUAGGCAGUGCAACAGUAAAAGCAAAGGAUUCUAUCGAGACCUGGGCUGAUGGCAGUCCCAGGAGAGGUGAGGUCCCUUACCUUGUAUCGCUUCAUGCAGUCUUUUUUUGUCCGGCCUGGAACAGCUGCUGCUAUUUUCUCCCAUCUUUCAGGAGUAUUUACUGGAUAAGUCUUCAAUGCUUGUUCUAAAAGUUUUUGUUCUUCUGUAGUCCAAGGGGAUGAAUCUAAAGGUGAUCCUGUUUUUAAAUGCAAAAAGGAUAGUAGGAAAAAUAUAUUUAAUAGAAGAGUCUAUAAAGCCUAAGAAAAUAUCGUAAAAUCUAUUUAGUUGGUUUAAAAUCCAUGCAGUUUUGAAAAGCCCUGAAGAACAACCAAGCCUGAAGCUGAUUGGACAAGUGGCCCUCAGGAUCUCUAGAACAGCACAGGGAAGUUAGAAGGGAGUGUCUUUUGUUGUCAGCCAGGUGUUAGAUUGCUGUAGCUGCCCUCCUAAGCCACAGCACUAGGGCAGCAAUGUAGCUUUUCCUUUUGCAUUUCAGUAAGGAACACUCAGUAAGGAAACAGCUUUCUGCAAGUGUCUGGAAAACCUGACGAGACGUGUGGGGUUUCACAGGAGACCAAAAGUUAGCUGUAUGAUGAUCCUAUAUCUCAAGUGAAUCCCCUCAGGCUUGCUGUUCCCUGAAAGUGUAGCACCCUCUGAGGAACAGGCGAUCUCAGCACCAGACUUAACCUGUUGCCUCACCAGGAAACAUUUCACUGUCACUGUGUAGCUGGAUCACUUACUGUGUUUGUAAGCAAGUCUUGAGUCUGGGUUACUUUCUUUCUAAGAGGCACAGGGGGGACAAGUCUACAAGAAGGGCUCCCUUUUCAGCUUUACCUUCAAAUCGCUCCGAGGGGGCAGCACUGUCCAUCUGAGGCACCACACCGUGUUCUUUUUUAAAUUUGUCAAAUGCUUUCUUGUUUAUGUCAUCUUUUUGAUGAGGGUCUAUGAGUAACAGACAUGGAAGAGAAAAAUUAUUGCAACAGUUAAAGCCACGUGUAGUAGUAAAAACAUUGUGUAGCACAUUAUUAGUUUACAAUAACCACAUAAUUAAAACUAUUCCUACUUCCUUUAAAAUGAUGAUAAAGAGGUUGAUAGAUUAAAACAAAUAAAUCUUUCAGGGUCCAAUAAAUAUGGAGCCAAAGUGUCAGGCUCUCCAACCCUAUCCUGCUUUAUACUGCUCACAGGAAUACUUGUUCCAUAUAAUCUUAAGCCUGAAUCUGCAACUUCAGAGAAAUUCAGAAGGAUUAUUCUCUCAAGUCAGGGCUGUGGCACAAAACUCACAUAUUACCCAGGGUAUGAGCAUGUCAGAGGGGCAGGGACACUGGGGAAGUUCAGGUAGAUGGUUUGGAAUGGAGAAGCCUCAUGAAAACUUUGUGCAAUAUUUUUUUGUUGUUGUUGUUGUUCUGUAGUGAAAUAUAUAAUUUCCUUAAGACCUUAUUCUAGAGCUCUCUAAGCUUCAUGUAUCAUUUUAUUAUUAUUCAUUUUCAAAGAGGAGAUGAGCCACGUUAAUUUAGGUGUCUUACUCUGGUGUUUUUAAAGUAUCUCUAGAGCUUCAUCAAUUCCAUUUAUUUUAGAUGCCUUCCUUCGUAGGGAGCUUUUCCAGAGGCCCACUUGUCUCUAGCUGAGCCCAGGCAAUGCAUGUGGCCCACAGACAUCUGAGCAUCCAGCUGCAGUGAGACUGUUCUCAGAGUCACUCAGGAGGUGGUAGCUUACACAAAACCCAUUAGGUUGAAAACACUGAAUCACAUAAAUGCUCCUCUAAAUCUCCCAUCUGAACUACAUUUCUUUGGGGAUAUACAGAUUUUCUCAGAAACACAAAGCCACUAAAAAAAAAAUGCAGCUGUGCAGAAGCAUACAGAACAUCAUAUGGCAAAAUAAGGUAAUAUAUACCAAGCUUUUGGAGGCUCUUGGCUUUAUUGAUGACAUCUUUUGCUGUUCGUUUUAUUCCAGUAGUAGAGUGCAAGUUCAUGUAAUUGGCAAUAACUUCCCACCUAAAGCAAGAAUAGAAAGGGUAAACCAGCAUAUUUAUCUUCAUACAAGUGAUGGUCAAGCUCCUGUACACAUUUUAUACCAAAUCCUAAGUGUGAUCAUACUUAAAUGCAUAUAAAAUGUCAGGGUAACUAUUCUGGAAAGGUUUCAGUUACUAACUGAAGAAUUCAGUCAGCGGGAGUGAACUUUAGCUGCCGAUACAGAAAAGUGGGGUAGAAUGUAGGUGAGUGCAAACCUCUAAUCCUCAAAAUUCUGCUCAGCUGCUGCUUUCCUGAACUCCCCAAACACCUCUGACAUUAAAUACUGCAAGGUGCACUCAAGGGCUGAGAAGUUACCAACCCUGUGUCCACUGCUCCCCAGAAGGCCUAAACAUCAGGUAAAGGGGCUUAAGCAGGAGAGAGCUAGAACAGCCCCAUAGCCCCAGAACUAUUCCUAGUGCAUUCUUAGAAAAUGGAAAGCAAUAUUUGCACCUGAACAGACAGGAGGAUGGUGUCUAGGCCUGUGUUCUCAGUGAGCACUGACUGCUGAGCUGCACAAACAGACACUGGUAUUGUCUCCAGAGAGUAUGGCAGAUUUUUUUUUUUUUAAGUAAGCCUCAAAGUCUUGUAAUUGAGGCCUCAAAUCUGUGAAUCCCAAGUGGAAGAAGACAUUUCAUUCCUGGGCAAGAGCAGAAUUUAAAGCAUACUCCUGUUCUUGAUGCUUAUCAGUAAGCUGAUUGCCAGUGCUGCUUUCUGUAAAUCCCAACCUUUCCCUUUCCCCCAGCUUUGUUUUCCUCCUACCAUGUAGAGGAGAAAGCAGCCUCAGUCAUUGUGGAGCUACUGGAAGUACCUUACACACUUGUAUUCCUACCCAGCUGCAUCCCAGUCACUGCUCCAGUUUUGUUCUGUGCUUUAACGACUGACCCCGACCCUGGAGUAAGCCCUGUGCAAACACGCACCUCAGCACCAUCUCGGUAAUGGACUGAGGCCCCAGUCUGGGGGAAACAAGGUACAGGACCAGAGCUAACUCCAGUGACACGUGAAGUGUGGUACUAAGGGAAAACAAACCACUGGCUGCUCAGGAGUCAAGGAAAAGGAGGAAAUUUAGGGAGUCCUCAUACUGACACCGUACUUAGGUCGGUCUGAAAGUUAUAUUAUGCUUGUUAUUUAAUUAAAAAUUGUUAGUAGAGAUUUUAGCACCGAUCCCGAGGAGUACCUUGAGUUAGUCCCUGCUGGAAAGAGGUUCACAGCUUUAAUUAACAACUGUAAGUCAUCUUCUGGCCAAUUUUUGCUUCCCCCUCCACCACCAGUGGUUGACUUUUCUGAACUCUUUGUUGCUUGGCGCAUACGAGCUUCUGCCUCUUCUUUCUCUCGCCUUAUUUGUUCAUUUAUUUCUUCUAUCUAGGGAUUGUAAAUAAGCAUUAUUUAUUCAUUUACUGAAUUUUUACAUUUCACAGUGACACAAACCCCUCUCUCUAAAAUCGCUUUGAGCCUUGAAUUUUGCUUAGUUUCUGUUUUGUACAUGAUACAAAAGGAAAUGGAGGUGCUUAUCUGCUCCAGUAUUAUUUCCCUCCAUCCCAUGCAUAAAUUUGGCCACCCCAGAUUAGGAGUUCAGAAAUCCAUCACAAGUUCCCUAAGAAAUUACAUGAAAACUCCCAGAAUUAAAGCAAAACUUCAGACCCUAGUGUGAAUGUCCAGGCUAACACCUGACUUAGUGGGACAGAUCCACAAAAGUAAUAAAAGCCUAAAGCGACCGGUGAGGGCAGUGAAACAUCCAUGUUGAACACACUGAUUCCCUGAGCCUGGUUAUGUCAGAAAUUCUCAGAACAGUUGUAGUUAAGUUAGUAACUAAAAUCUGGGUUGUUGCAGUUAAUGCUUAGAGUUUACUCAGAGUUAGAUGGCCAAGUGUAGUUUGUUAGCAAGCAGUUCAGCAGAAUUUAAGUUACUCAUUGCACAUUUUUGUGACCUGUAAUCACAUCUCGAGAAGGUGGUGUGACACAUCUUUAAUUACCUGCUUCCCAGUUCAGUCUUGGCAAUAUUAAAGGAGCUGUGCACUGAUCCCUGUUGGCAGAUUGCCCAAAAUAGGUUUCUCACUCUCUGUCUCAAAUAAAAUCUUUCUGGCAAAAGGAAAGUUAUCUGGCAGAUAAUUUUUAUUAAUGCAGAAAUGGAAUAGUUUUAACAGACAGAAAGGGGACUGUCCUGUGUUUGGAACACUCUCCUGGAGAAUGGAAGAUUGAAUUCAGUCCCCUAAAGAACAAGAGGGAUUUAAGUUGACUGGUGAGUAAACCUGACCCUGGGAUGGAGGCAGAUCCCCACCAGGAAAGAAAGUUCAGAGCAGUGAAACCACAGUGGGUGAGAGAAAGCAACUUUUUCUGCAGGAUGUAGGUUCAGCCUUAUUAGUCCAAAUGGCUUUUCCCUGCUGGCAAGUUUAGGCAGAUCCUUGCUGAGUUUUGUAAACCUCAAUUGCAAGUGUCUUGCUUUUUCCAUUGUUUGGUAUGCAACCCACUGGCCCUUCCAGUGCCUACAGCCUGCAGCACUGAAGUCCUUUUGUGGAUCUAGCCCCAGGUCAGGGAUAGUAGGCUAGGAUUUUUCUUGCAUAACAGAAUAGGUUAAGACUGCCCUCCUUCCCCUGAGGGAACUGCUACCCGUUGUUGGGCAAAAUGGAAUUCCUCUACUGUUUCUGAAUAAAAGUGGAUUAAUUUCACCAGCCAUGAACUGCACUGUGUAAAAUGGAGCAGAGAUCACACUGCCUGGGGACUCUGAAACUCGAGUCUGUGUUUAACAAGCAGGAUUCCACAGCAGCUAUGUUGUAUCUUACUUCGAUUCGGUCAUGUUGAUUCCACAAAUCAUUGUUAUUUUGAUUUGACACUCAGCAUAAUUACCUGUUUUACUACAGCCGCCUUUCCUCCUUCCCUUGUUGUGGAUGUAAGUGCUUCAUUCAAGCAUUGCAGACUAAAAAUAAAUUAUUAAGUUACAACGGAGAGCUAGUGGAAAGAUGGGUAUCAAAAGGAGCAGAAAGCAGCAGCAGGAGGACUUACCUUGCCAACUCAAGGCGAUCACAAAGCUUUUCCACCUCCUCCAUCAUUUUAACACAAUCUGCCUCAUUAUCAGAAAAGUAAUUCCAGUUCUGGAAGCAGAAAUACAUGUUCUACAGAGUUCUUGAACUAUUGUCCUGUUCCUUCAGCCAAAGGCUUAACACACAGCAUCCUUCAGCCACUGCUGUGUCUGGACCCAUUUGGUCUCAAAGCUGUUUAAGUAUGUGUUUGAGCACUUUGGUUUUUAGUAAGCCCACUUUCCAUACCCAUCUCCAGCCAUAAGGACAAGCAAACACGUGAUACAGUCUAAUCUAAACACACACAGUAAUUUCACUGAUGUAACCUGUAUUUCACUGUAAUUGUAGUUAAAUACCUUGCACGUUGUUCUCAGUUUUUGCCUUUCUUUCUUGAUUGCUUUCUUCUGUAUCUCUUUUUCCUUUUUUGCUAGUAAUGCUUGCUGCCUAACUUCUUCUUCCUCCUUUUCUUUUGCUAACCGUGCUGCUUCUAAUUCUGCUUGUCUUUGCUGCAACCAAAAGGGAAAAAACCCAAACAAGUAAAAAAACCCUCAACAAAUCACACUGUUACAAGGCCAUUCAGUCAUCCAAUAUUAAAAUGUGUUGGUUUUGGUUUGGAUACAGUUCUGUUUGUUUUGGUGGAGUUUGUUUUAAAAUGCAUCAAUACUUUAAUGUUUGGUUUUCCAAGGAUUCUGAAGGAAGAUGAUGACACAUACAGCAGUUGGAACUGAGUAAUUAAUUAAUUGAGGCAUUAAUUGAGUACCCUAAUUAUGCACUGUGAGGACCCCCAGGUUACAAAUCCUCACUUCCUAUACAAUGAAGAUAUAAAACUGUGUGAAUUUUCUUAUGGCUGCCUCAGGAAUAUAAGCUUGGAAGAAUGCAGUGCUCCAGCACUUCUCUGAAUCAUUAUUAACAUAGUAUUUUGCAGUGUCCCAGCACUGUCUUUUAGGUUACUUUUUAACAUCUUACAGUUCCCUUUCACUCCUAUACUUUCAAAGCCAUCUUUUCCAAACUGUUAAUAUUAAUCAGCUAUGUUGCAUUACCUCAAAGUGUUUCAUACCAACCUACCACUCCCAUUCCACAGAUGCAAGGCAAACAGCCAUGGCCAUUUUAUGCAAAUGCAAAGUAGGGCACAGACCUUAACACCUGCCUCGAAAGCAGAGGAAGUGCAUGCAACAGGAGAAUUCAAUUUUAGAAGGUUUUUUGUUUCAGAUCUGCAUUCCUUGCUUCUGUCUCAUUCUCAAAAGGCUGUCAGUCUUGCACUGCCUGCUGCACAGGCAAAGACAAUGCAUCUUUAAAUCCCACUGUGUUUCUGACAGUAGCCUCUGACACAACUAGAAGCUGAAGCAGUGGAUCAGGUUUGAAUGAACCAGGGUUUUUCAAUCCAAAUAAAGUCGUUAACUUA